GCCAUCUUGUGGGCAGUUGGCGGAGGCAGCGCCCGGCUCGGUUGCUCGCCCGCGUCUCGAGCCCCGUCCGCUGCGCAGGCCGCGCGCUACCCCAGCCCCCUCCCUUCCCCUCUCCUCCCCCGGCCUGGGCCGGCCCGGCCCGCCGCCAUGGCCAACAACAGCCCCGCCGUGGGCGCCGGCAACUGCCAGCAGCAGCAGACGGCCCAGUACCAGGCCGGCUCCGCCCCGCCAGGGCAGCAGCCGCUGCAGAGCGGGGGCCCCAAGCCGGCAGCCUCGGGCAAGCAGGGCAACGUGCUGCCGCUGUGGGGCAACGAGAAGACCAUGAACCUGAACCCCAUGAUCCUCACCAACAUCCUCUCCUCGCCGUACUUCAAGGUGCAGCUCUACGAGCUCAAGACUUACCACGAGGUGGUCGACGAGAUUUACUUUAAGGUUACACAUGUUGAACCAUGGGAGAAAGGGAGCAGAAAAACAGCAGGCCAGACAGGGAUGUGCGGAGGGGUACGAGGUGUUGGAACUGGAGGAAUAGUGUCUACAGCCUUUUGCCUGCUCUACAAAUUAUUUACUCUGAAACUCACCCGUAAGCAAGUGAUGGGCCUUAUAACUCACACAGACUCUCCGUACAUUAGGGCUCUUGGAUUUAUGUAUAUCAGGUACACACAGCCACCUACAGAUUUAUGGGACUGGUUUGAAUCCUUUCUUGAUGACGAAGAGGACCUGGAUGUGAAGGCAGGUGGGGGUUGUGUUAUGACCAUUGGGGAGAUGCUUCGUUCCUUUCUUACUAAGCUUGAAUGGUUUUCCACGUUGUUUCCAAGAAUUCCUGUGCCAGUCCAGAAAGCCAUUGAUCAACAGAUUAAAAGCAGACCUAGAAAAAUCAAGAAAGAUGGCAAGGAGGGAAUGGAAGAAAUAGAUCGACACACAGAACGUAGACGUUCAAGGUCUCCGAGAAGGUCUCUGAGCCCCAGAAGGUCCCCCAGAAGAUCCAGAAGCAGAAGUCGUCAUCGUGAAAGCCACGGAUCAUCUAGUUUUGAUAGAGAGUUGGAAAGAGAGAGAGAACGGCAGAGACUAGAACGGGAAGCUAAGGAGAGGGAGAAAGAAAGACGCAGAUCUCGAAGUGCUGAUCGUCCAUUAGAAAGGAGGCGAAGCAGAAGCAGGGAGAGGCACAGGAGCCGUAGCCGAAGCCGUGAUAGAAAGGGAGAUAGAAGAGACAGGGACAGAGAGCGGGAGAAAGAGAAUGAACGAAGCAGGAAGAAAGAUCGAGACUAUGAUAAGGAAAAGGGUACCGAGAGGGACAAGGAGAGAGAUCGAUCUCGGGAGCGGUCAAAGGAGAGGAGGAGUAAGGGUGAAGUAGAAGAGAAAAGGCACAAGGAUGACAAAGAUGAAAAAAAGCACAGGGAAGACAAGAGAGAUUCCAAAAAAGAGAGAAAGCAUAGCAGAAGUCGAAGCAGAGAGAGAAAGCAUAGAAGUAGGAGUAGAAGUAAGAAUACAGGUAAGCACAGUAGAAGCAGGAGCAAAGAGAAAUCAAGCAAACAUAAAAAUGAAAGUAAAGAGAAAUCAAAUAAACGAAGUAGAAGUGGAAGCAGAGGAAGAACAGAUAGUGUUGAAAAAUCCAGAAAACGAGACCACAGUCCCAGCAAAGAGAGAUCCCGAAAGCGUAGUAGGAGCAAAGAACGAUCCCAUAAACACGACCACAGUGAUAGCAAGGACCAUUCAGAUAAACAUGAUCGUCGAAGGAGCCAAAGUACAGAACGAGAGAGCCAAGAAAAGCAACCUAAAAACAAAGAUGAGACUGUGUGAACUCUUUCAUAAGUGGAUCACAUUGAAUCCUAUAAAUGUUUGAAUAAAUCCUGCUUAUUUUUUUCUUAAAGUUGAGAUUGUGCAGUAGCUGAGCACUCUUCUUCAACCUCCCUCUAGGCUGCAGAUUGUCAUUUCCUAUUUUGGGUAGGGAAGUGCCUUUGUAAACCCAUUUAAUGCAUUGACGGUUUCAAACCAUUUGUUUAGUUUAAUUCAUAAUGCAAAGAUUGUUCUUGCAUUUUUAUUGUUCAAAUGUUUCUGAAAUGUACAGUCUGUACAUAUGUCCUGAAAAUGUUUUAAUUCCUUUGGCAUGGUUGCCAUGCUAGUAAAAUUUGUAUAAGGCAAUAAACUGCCACUCAUUCUACUUUUGUUUUGUAGGUGUGGAAUUAUGGUUUAUAUCCUGAAGCUAGCAUGGCAGUGCUUUGCAAAAUAGUAUGGCAGAAGCUUCUUAGGGAUGGGUCUUGAAUGUGUAUUAUAGCUGAGAUAUUUAUGUGCAUACAGUGUACGUGAGGGCUGCAGAUCUAGAACUAACUUGUGUGUCUGUUGUACCUACUGUCUUGGAAAGCUUUUUAAGCUGUAUUAUGUUUUAAUCCCCAACAGUGUCCCAUUGAGAAUCGGUUUUCAAAGGAGUACCAGUUCUUGAUGUGGGGAUUUUGAUUACAUUUAGAGGUGUUUUAGUAAUAGAAAUGCUACCUCAAGGGGACACUGUUUAAUGUUAGUAGGUCUGUACCAUAUACACCUAUGCAUAUUUUAUUUGUUCGAGAAGUUGUGAAAAGAGAAUGCAAGUUUACAACACUGUUUCUCCACUUUAAUUUAAAGUGUCCAGUAAUCUCUCAGUUGUCAUAACCCUAAACUGAAAGUGGUUAAGAUUUUGGGUGGGGGUGGGGGAAAGAGGAAAUUUAGUUGAGGUGUUUCAGGUUCAAGCUUCCAAAGCGUUUUUUAUAAAUGGAAUACAUUUAAGAAAUGACUCGAUGGUGUCCUCUUUUUAAUUUAAUAAUAUUUUCUACAUAAGUAAAGAUUGCAAUUGGAGCUGAAAAUUUCGUCUCCAUCAGAGGGGGGAAAGUGAUUUUGUGUUUUUGUGGGUUGUUGUUUUUUUUUUAACAGAGUAGAAGAAGUAAUGCCAGAAUGCAUUAUUGAGAAAUAAAAGUCCAGUUCUGUUUAGUAGUUUGUUCUGAUGACUUGUAUACUGAGUAAGGAGAACCAUCAGUCUGGAAUAAACACUGGAUUAACUUCUU